GAAACAUUAGAGGCGUUAGAGAAUCAGAUUUACAAUUUUGAAGGAUCGUACCUUGAAGAGACGGCUGAAUAUGGAAAUGUCAUAAAAGCAGCAUUGAAACAUGCACAGCAACCUCCACCUCCAAGUAUAACGUCAUCUGGAGCUCCAUUGACUCCUACGAUGAUGAGGAACGAUGUGAUCGAAGAUGAGGCGUCUCGUGAGAUGAGGCGAUCAAAGAAGCGAAAACUCGAAGAGCAGUGA